AUGAUCCCAGGAAAUCAAACAACAGUCACUCAUUUUAUCUUACUUGGUCUGACAGAUGUUGCAGAGGUUCAGCUAACUCUUUUCUUUGUGGUUUCCCUUUUUUAUUUGACAACUUUAAUAGGAAAUAUUUCUAUAUUUAUAAUAAUCAAAUGGGAUAGAAGUCUGCACAUCCCCAUGUAUUUUUUCUUGUGGAACCUUUCUAUCCUUGAUAUUCUCUAUUCCUCUGUGGCUGUACCCAAGAUGAUCACUGAUUUCCUUGUAUUGGAGAAGAAAAUCUCCUUCGGUGGUUGCAUCUCUCAAAUCCAUUUUUUCCAUUUCUUUGGAAGUACGGAAGUUGUUCUUCUCACAGCAAUGUCUUAUGACAGAUAUGUGGCAAUCAGCAAGCCUUUACGUUACACCAUUGUGAUGAAUAGAAAAGUAUGUUUGGGUUUGGCAAUGUUCUCCUGGAUGACAGGGUUUUUUCAUUCUCUACUACACACUUUAAUGACUGCAAAACUUCCCUUCUGUGGACCAAAUCUAGUAAAUCACUUUUUCUGUGAUAUUAAACCAUUACUCAAGUUGGCUUGCACAGAUACAUUUGUAAAUUUGAAGCUUCUCAAUAUUGUUACUGGUACGUUAGCAACAUCAUGUUUAAUGUUUACAUUUUUAUCUUAUGCCUUCAUUAGCAGAUUUAUCUUAAAGAUAAGGAAUUCAGGUGGUAGAAAAAAUGCUCUAUCUACCUGCACUGCACAUCUUACGGUAGUCUUCAUUCACUUUGGAACAGCAAUCUUUUGCUAUCUAAGACCAACAAAAUUGGACUCCCUAGAUCAAGACAAAGCCGCAGCAGUUCUUUUCAGCGUUAUAACCCCAGCACUCAACCCACUUAUUUAUACUUUACGCAACAAGGACAUGAAGAGAGCCAUUAAAAGAUUUAUCAAAAGAUUUUCUCUAUAG